UAAUGUUUCAAACGAAUUAGUUAAUGUUUAAUCGUUAAUUCAUACAUUUAUAAUUCCAUUGAAUAGUUUAUUAUUGGGUCUUUAUGUUGUUCUUUGUUAAAAUAAAAUCCUAUUCGUUAUAACUGAAUAUGGAAAAAAAUGUUUCUCAAUUGAUACAAGAUAAUAGUUUACUACAUUUACUUUUAUUCUUAUUACCAUUUGGGAAUUGUGUUCCCAAUUGUUGAUUUCUUUCACGCUAGAUGGCACCCGGAGCAAUUCCCCACUUUUACAAAAGUGUGCAGGGGGAUGGAUGCUAAUUUUUGAGUUUAUAAUCUUCUAUAGUUUGUUGUUAGUACUCAUUAGUUAACAAAAACGUUAAUAAAAUAGAUAGUUGCAUUUAUUUUGCACAUUAGUAUUAAGUAUUAUACAAAAGCUGAAUAUAUAUAACGUAUUGUAGCUUUAUUUGAAAAAGAAGAAAAAAGAAAAACAAAAUAAAGUAAAGAAAGGAGAGUAUUCUAGGUUCAAAAUGUCUAGUACAUCCCAAAAACACAAAAAUUUUGUAGCAGAGCCAAUGGGCGAAAAACCAGUUACUGAUUUAGCUGGAGUUGGUGAAGUUCUCGGAAGAAGACUGGAAGCUGCUGGUUUCGACAAAGCAUAUGUAGUACUUGGACAAUACUUAGUUUUGAAGAAGAACAAAGAACUGUUUCAAGAGUGGAUGAAAGAUGCUUGUUCAGCUAAUGCAAAACAAUCGAAUGAUUGUUAUCAGUGUCUUACAGAUUGGUGUGAAGAAUUUUUGUAAAGUACUAAUGAUAAUGAACUUUUGUAAAGUAUUAAUGUUAUAUGAAAAAUAUUUUAACAUUGCAGAAUAUUUUAUAACUUAAUAGAAGUCUUUUCACAUGUAUUACGUUUUUAGGAUUUUCGUAAAAUUAACAAAUUUUAAAACUACAAUUAUAUAUUUUCUGAUUUAAUUGUUGACACUCUUAAGAAAUAUAUAGAUAUCUUUCUAUGCUCA